AUACCCGUUGACUGCCAUAAAAGCUUUUCUUUAGUUCUAAAGCAAGAUUACUUCCAACGGAAACUACCAAAGUAAAAGGACGACACUUUUCUACGGUUACUGUAUAAAUUGCUUAGAUCUUUGGGAUUAAAACUUACAGUAACAAACCUUUUUAGUGGUAAACAAAGGACAGCUCCCUUAUUCAAACAUAUAAAAACAAGAUGCAGGGCAGAAUCGUGGCGGCUAUAAGCAAUGCUAUGUUUCCGUCGAGUUUACAAAAUACGGAAACACGUCAUCUCGUCCUGUGAGUGGAUCCCUAAAAAUGAAAAGCUUACGUCAACAUAAAAUGCACCGUAAAGCUUAAGUCUCCUAAAGUGGCCAUUAAAAACAUUAAUGUUUUACGAGUAACGUCAGGUUGGAGACGAGAUGUCUUACUCUCAAAUAAGACGUUUAUUAGUAAAUAGGUUGUUUACCAUGUUUCAUUCGCAAAAAUAACACUUGGAACGUUCCAGAACCUCACAAUUAAGCCUCUAGAUCAGAGAUUUAUGGCACGUCCACUAACUUUUAAAUAUAGUUUCGGUUAGCAAGGCCUAGACUACGAUAAUUGAUGACCGCUGACAACAGUCAUCAACAAUGUUGGCCGCCUCUUUUGAAGUUGCCUAGUUUUGUGUUAUUUGCUUCCUUUUUGUGUUUAAAUCAUUAAGUUUUUUCCUGUAUAAGUGUUACUGUUGGUGUCUUCCUUUUGAAACAUGAGUGCGUCAAAGAAAGGAGGAAGGAAGUAUGAUGUGUAUGACGAUAGUUCUGAAUCGCAUGUGAAGGACUGCCUGGAAACAAUUCGGCAGGAUGUGGAAACCAUAGAGAACAAUUAAGCAAAAUUCAAAGUAGACUCGAAAUCUUCCAACAAAAGCUUACUGAACGCUAUGAUUUGUGUUGAAUCAUGUGUUUGAUAUCCGUCGAUGUUUCGAUAACUUAGAAAUAGAGCAGGCUUUUCCCAGCGGCGAAAAAAAGUCUCAGGAUCGCGGUCCAAAAAGCAAGAGCACUAUAAACACCUUAAUAGUUUUGAGUUUUAUCGCUUUAAAGAAAGUUGUUUCUUUUUCUCAACUUAAGAACUCUUCUUGUGUCCUUUACCUUACUAUUUUCGGGUACUUUUUUACUAUUGCCGUGUCUAUUUGUACAUAAUUUUCCGGGAAAGAAAUAACAGAUUCUAAUACAAACGUUUAUCACGUUCAUUAAUUUGUUUUAUUGUUCAUUCAAAAUAUUUCCCGGAUUAUGAUUGGCUAAAAGUACGCGCAUAAUUCACCACAACCAGCUACUGAUGACAAAGUUUGAAAGAAUUUUGCGAUUAAUGAACCGAUGACGUCAAAAGUGCAGCUUCCAUGCAGGUUAAUGCACCGUUAACUAAGAAGCCCUGGGGACGGAGUUGAGUUGUUUUGGUUGUGAAAACAAAAAAGAAGGACAUUUCGCUUGUUUCAAGAGUAAGAACUAGGCGAAAUAAUAGCUAAAAACAUGGCAAGAACAGCAAAAAGACAACUCAAAGGGCGACAUCUGCUAUUUGGAGAAUAUUUGCAUAGCUGAACAACCCUAAACGUGCACUAUCGAAGAUGAACCUAACAUCGAUGGAGGUAAGCAUGUUUUAGCUAUGUUUUUAAACUAGGAAUUAUUUUGAAUAAAUAAUAAAACAAUUUUUGAAUUCGGCUUUAGUACCAUAUGAAGAAUUAUGGAGAUCUCGGAGGGUGUUAUCCCUCCUUGAUCUCCAUAAUUCUUCAUAAGAUACUCAGCCUUAUUCAUUAAUUUGUUGUAGAAUAUCUGUGAACAGAAUGCAGGAGUUGUGAAAUCAGGCCCCCUGGACGCGUUGCUAGUCUAUCGCAGGGUUACCCCAGCAGUUUGUCGCCGGUACCCAUUGUUUAAGAGGCACAAUUUGGAGUAAAUUUCCUUGUCCAAGGAAACAACGGGAGGGGUGAAGCUUGACACACAGCCACACACGCCUCCACUGAAUUUUCCAAAGCAUGUGCUAAACAGCUUGCAGUAUCUCACGCGGUCUCUGUAAUGAUUAUUUCUCGAAGGCAAGACGUAAUGGGUUUGCCUAUGUUCCUUGUCAUUUUGUCUCCAAAAAAACGAUCGCGCUCACUUUAUAACGAGAAGCACAAUUUUCCUCGCCAUUUAAGACAAGUAUUGCUUAUUUGUAUAUAUAGAUAAGCCGAAGAUAAGGAUGCCGUUGUCCGUAGUACGCAGUGUACCAGAGCAUUAUACCUGGUUCAUGCUGGAAGGCACCCCACCCAUUGAAGCUUGGUUAAACAACUCAUCUACACCUUUGGAGGGUGGGCCAGUGGUGAAAGGACUUAAAUUCACUCAGAUGGGAAACUAUACAAUUUUGGCAAAAAGUGAAUCAGGAAAUAGUUCCAAAACGGUUGACGUUAACGUUAUGGGUAAGUUUUUUGUCUCAAGUUAAUAUGUUAAUAUAUCCAACCAUAUUUCAGUACCAACCUGUGAUAAUUGUGUUAUUUUUUGCUCAUAUUGAGCGUUUCUCCCGAUCGAACGAGUCAACUUUGUUGCUUUUGAACGCACCGAUGGUGUAUUUAUUCAAUGUAGUGAAGGCGUUUUCAAUAUGGUAGUUUUCAUUUUUACAGCGUAGGUUAAUGAACACAUUUGGUUUAGAAAUCUACCCUUUCAGUUGCCUCAUCCACGUUUCGCUUGUCAUCUCUUACCUGAGACUAGAUGCAUUGAUCUCGCAGAUUGCAGUCAUUUAUGUCAGAGCAAUGGUUUUAUGAAUGGUUCCGGUCAAGUAACCAAUGAUCAUGACUGCAGUGGAGGCAAUGCUACAUAUAUUUGGAAGUGUAUACCAACAACAACUACUAAUUUGUAAGUGAAUCUCCUAGCUUAAGGACUCGUAACUACUGAUUUUAAUAAAAAUGCUCAGUGGCAGUGAAUCAUGCAUCAAAAGAAUAAAAACGUUUAAAAGUAAACGCCCUAAAAAUCGUUUAGCUUUGAAAAAGAGCCUCCUGAGGUUUCUAUUAAUUAAAAUUCAAAAAAUACAUUUGGGGUAAAACGGACAUCAUUAUUACUUUCAUCAUUAAAGAAGUAUACCAGUCGAUGAUGGUUUUUUCCCUUGAGUUAGUUUACAAGUUUAUACGACCUCAAUCUGAUUUUGAAUUACAGAAUGUUUGUGGUUAUAUGAUUAUUCUUCGCCAAGGGAGCGGCCUGUAAAUUUGUCGCGCCGUGUACCGCGUGGAUCGGACAGCGACGCUCAGCGACGCAGAAACUCGAGUUGGCAAUAUUUCUAGAUAUCUCUUGGGUUUCUGCAUCCAGUGUGACGUCAUGGUGCAUUUUCAACACGACUUCAAAAUAUGUGUGCGCUAUCACGUUUUAUUCAUGAAAGGCUGAUGUCUUUAUUCAUCGUCUGUUAAACCAUGUUAACUCUCGGUGAAUCGCGAUCAAUUUCUCCGACAACUGAAAGUGAACGGCAAGCACAAGACAACGUUUCAUUCAACAAGUGGCUGGGAAUCCUCGCUGGGGAAGAUUUACCAUCGAAACUCCACUGCAGCGAGAACGGGAACUUGAAAUCCAGCGCGAGCAACCAAGAAGACGAGCUCGAAAUGGCUUUGAAAUACUCGCUUAAUACAACUCCACAAGCUUCAAAUAGCGUGUAUGGCAGAGAAAACUGCUGUUAGUAUAUUAAUCGUACGGUAAGAAUUGUCCAGUGGUAGCAAGGCCCAGUGGUCUGGAAGCUGACUUCACGCGCUAGAGGCAAUUAUAGUGUAGGUUCGAAUAUCGGCGUGGUUAUUUAUUUAUUGCGUUUUCUUUAAACAUUUUUUUUUCUGUUUUGUUUUCUUUUUCGACAUAUUUUUGCCCUUUGGUUUGUUUCCCCGUAUUCUCAUUACGGACUAUUUACAGCCUCGCGAGAUUUUUGCGACAACGUAUAACGUAUAAUCAUGGUUCUCAACAACGGAAACCCGUCGUGUGGCAAUUAUACAACCAAAGGAUAACCAUGAUCGACAAUAACAAUAUGACAAUGAGGUUGACCAUGGUCAAUCUGGCUGUAGCUAAGGGCAGUAGAAACCAAUGCACUACUUCCUUAACACUCUGAAGUGGUCUCCGACAAAAACAGAACACACUAAAGAAGGUCAAAGCACAAAACAUACUAUAUUACAGUAGGCAUUCGGAGGUGAGACCGCUGACCUGUAACUACGAAGCCGUGCUUUUUAUAGGCAAGUUUCCACACUGAUUCAGUCUAUCCAAGUUUAUUGCAGUCUUGAAUUACCCAGCCAAUUUAAAUGAUAGAAUAUCUGCCAGAUAUUCCUUUCAAUUUGACACAAGGAUUGAGCCUGUGUAUGGGUACCUGCGGAAAUAGGUUUUUCAGGUGAAAUCGUCGCACAUCAAGAAUUGUUUAACCUUGUAGGGCUACUACAAAGCUCAACGCAACCACAACAACAACAAAAUCGAGAAAAUAAACAAAACAAAAAUUCCGAACGGGCAGCACAAUGUUUGGCAGGCUUGCUUGCCGUCAUUGAAAGACUAAUGUUGUCAUAAGGGAUUGAAAUGGCUAUGCGAUAGCUGCAUCUCUAAGAUCGUCGCGACUUCGAUUUCGUCUGCAAUGUCCAUGGAGAGGCUUAGGUUUUUUUCUUAUUUUUUAAUGCAUAAGGGGUCAAAAUGUUUUGCUAUUUGUUGCACCAGAAAAUAGGUUGUGAGCCAUCCAAACAACACCGCCAAUUUUAACAGUGUAGGUGAAAAAAGUGUGAUUCUACAUAGUUUAUGAUUUGGUGGAACCUGGUACAUUUACAUUAUGGGAGUGAGUCAGUUACAUAUCCUUAAUUCGUGAAUAAGGAUACAACUCAUGAAUCUGGACUUAAAUGUUUAAUUUAUUCCACAAAAGAUCACUGCGUUGCCAUUGGCUAUUCAUCUUUUGCUGCCAAUAAACAAAGGUGAAGAGCUGAUGGUCACACCCAUCGGCGCAACAUUGCCAACCUCGGUCGAAUGUGGUUGACGAUGAAAAACCAUGAUAAUGUUGAUAAGAGACAAUUCUGUCGUUGUACAAUAGGGGUCAGCGGUGUUCCGCGUGGGCCGUAUUAUAUGUGUAAAACGAAGAUGGCUGCAUGUGCUUUGAGAAUAAAGUGUUGUGUUCUCGAAAGCCGUUAUUCCUUUGAUGGAAGCUUUCCCAGCCGGUUAACAUGGUGUCAGAAGUAGACGAACACGCGCCUAAAGUCAGGAGGUUUCGUCCAUAGUACGGUCAGUUUAUGUUUGAGAACGAACUGUGGGAGUUGUACGAAUUGUUCCCGCCAUUUUCGGAUGUUAUCAAGCUGGUGCCCGUAUAAAUUGUUUGUGUUUGCUGUUAUCAUGGCCAACGCUCCAGUGGGUUUUCCUCCCUCAAAUGCAAGAUGAGCGAGAAGUUCUACACUGUUUUAUAUUGGAUUAUAUUGAUUAUUGCAGGGUGAUGGGAUGGUUCGAGCGGAAAGACAGAUGUAAAUAUGACGAUCAAAGCGAGGAUGGGGAAAAAACAAUGGAAGACACAAAACCUUUGCAUGUCAACACUUCGAGCAAUUCUGCCUUCGAAAAUGAAGAGAUUGAUUAAUCCAAAUAACAAAACGCUGGGACUAUCCUAAGAAGAUAAGAGUGACCCGGUGAAAGUUAUUAAAGCCCUCAUUAAGCGCUUUGGAGGCAGUGUCAGUGUUCAAGCUGAGCGAACGAAAAUGGGACGCAUGUUUCAGUCCGAAUGAGAAUUCAUUAGUGCGUGGGAAUGUCGAGUGGUGGAGCGAGCUAGAUAUUGUGAAUAUGGGAAUUUUGAAGAUCAAGCAUGCCGCGACCGUUUUAUUGUUGGCUUGGUGGACGAAACUUUACAAGAAAAGUUGAAUACUAAUGGUCAGCGUGACAAGAAUGGUAACAUUGUGGAGUUCCGUACUGUGGUUGAAAUAGCAAAGAAUUAUGAAUCCUCCACUAACGCUCGAAGGCUUAUGAGGCAAGUCCGUGAAGAUCAAGAGCACGUGAAUUGGACCGAAAAAGCACCCCAUUCAAAGCAAAACAGCACUCGCUCUCAAAGCCAAAGCAAUGGCAAAGAGUCGUCUAGAAAACAGUCUGAGUGUUACUACUAUGGGGCGACACCGAGUCACCCAAAGGAAAAGUGUCGUGCAUUUCUCCUUAAGUAUAAGUGCAGAAAAUGUGGCAAAGAAGGGCAUAUAGCUCGGAAAUGUUUGAGCAAACCUCAGGACGUGAAUGCAUUGGAUGAUUCAGUUUCUGAUGAUGGGCAAGAAACAUAUCAUUUCUUUACUCUGGACACUCACUUUGUGAGAUCGGUAUCUGUACAGAUGGGGAAAAAGUUUUUCGCGGCGAUCAAAUUAUCCGCAGCAAAAAAAUUUUUUACUUGGAAAACUUUGCAAUUAGGUACUGCGUCAACAACCAACACCCUUGCAGUGGAGGACCUCCACUGUGUCCAGCAGGGGUUGAUAUCCAUAGUCUAAUCAAACCCUCCUCUGCCAUCCUGAGUACCUAUGGAGGAGGUGUAAUAAAGCCAGUGGGGCAAAUAGCAUUGGUUUGUGAAACUCAAGAAAAGUUUCACACUCUUCAGUUUCAGCUGUUAAAUAAGGACGUCAUGGGAUCAGAGCCACCUCUUAUAAGUGGAUCUGAUUGUGUUAGAUUAGGCCUGGUUGAGAUAAGAGGAAACACCUGCUCCUUGGAUCGUAACAACCCAAAAGGGGGUGCCUCAGAAGUGUGCCAGCUUAACUCGGGACCUCUGCGCGGAAGAGUGGAGGAAAGUGGACCUCCUGAUCAGGAAGUCAGGCCCACCUCACUGAAUGGUAGUGCAACAGAAGAGAUUAAUUUGACUGAGGAAACCACCAGCACCUCUCCAGUACAUGGCACGUGUGAGGAUGUUAGUGUACUUCAUCGUGCUGUAACCAAUGAAGAAAAAGUUCGUCCAAAGGAGAGCAUGGCUAGUGAGGUGGGUGUGUCCCAUGUGCCUGUCCCCUGUGGAAAACUGACUAAAGUCAUUGUCAUGGAUGCAUUUAAGGAUGUCCAUACAGGGUUAGGAACUUUGGGGCCGCCCCUGCACAUCAGAAUGAACCCUAAUGUGACUCCAAUCCAAGCUCAUCCACAUCGGUGCCCUGUAGCAAAGGAAGAAAAAGCAUCUGACGCAAUACGUGACCUUGAAAAACAGGGUAUCCUGAAAAAGGUUACUGAGCCGACUGCAUGGAUCUCCAACAGCGUCUAUAAAGAGAAACCCGACGGAAGCAUUCGUAUGUGUAUUGAUCCUAGCCAAACGAUCAAUAAAGCCAUUAAAGUCCCAAAGUAACCCAUUGCUACAGUUGUAUCCUAGCUCCCUGGAGGAAAUUAAAGCUGAAACCUAGGCGGAUCCUACCCCGUCAAUCCUAUGUAUGUUCGUGGCCCAUGGUUGGCCCUCCGACAAAUCACAGGUGCCCACAGCACUCCGUCAGUACUAUCCGUUUAGGGAUGAGCUAGCGGUAUACAAUGGUGUAUUAUACAAGUCACACAAAGUCCUCAUUCCCGUGAAGCUACAGUUUACUAUGCUAAAAAAACUCCACCACGGUCACCAGGGCGGUGAAAGCGUGAUUCGCCGGGCUCGAGAAGUAAUGUAUUGACCUGGAAUGCAAGCUGCAAUCCUUCAAGAGAGUGCCAAAUGUUCAUUGUGUGAUAGCUAUGGUUCGGCCCUCCCAAAGGAACCGAUUUUGUCUCAUGAAAUUCCACAAGGUCCAUGGAAAUUUAUCUCGCAGGACCUAUUCAAGCAGGGUGGGCGUUGGUAUUCUGUUACACUCGACCACUACAGUGACUGGUUUGAGGUCCAUCUGUUGAAUGAAGACAUCACUGCUGCCAAUGUUAUCUCAGUCACAAAGGCGCACUUUGCCCGUUAUGGUAUAACAGAUAUAUUUUUGUCCGACAAUGGACCGCAGUAUAUCUCUCAGCAAUUUUCGAAUUUUGCCAAGACCGAUGGUUUCAAGUUGAUUACCCGGUCACCGUAUUAUGCUAGAGCUACCGGUAAAGCUGAAGCUGCUGUUAAGGAGGCCAAGAAGAUGUUAAAAAAAUUAGACCUCUCCACUGGUCUCUUGGACCAUAGGAGCACUCCGCCUCAGGGUAUGACUUACUCCCCGGCACAAAGGUUUCUCUGCCGACGAACAAAGUCUAACUUGCCAAUAGCUGAAGCAUUGUUGAGCCACUCUGUGCCACCUGUAAACGUGCAAGAAAGGUUGGUUAGACGGAACAGGAUCCACUUAAGACCUAAUGAGCCUCAGGUCCCAUGUGACUCACAACCAUUGCCAGAACAACCAGUAAUAGAUAGUGGUGUGGAUGUCGGAAAUGCUUCGGAAACCAUAGUGCCUAACCCCACUUCAGAGUCCACGACUGAGAAUUCACUUCCACCAGUGCAAACCUCGCGUUAUGGCCUUCCAAUUAGACGACCAAAGAGACUGGACCUUUAAAACUGGAGACUAGAGUGCAGUAUGGUACUUGAUGUUGACUAUUAUCUGACAUUGCCUGUUCACAUUUGUUUGUGUUAAUGACUUAUUAUGUUCUUUUUGUUUUUUUUUUCAUUUUUCGAAACAUAUUAACAUGUUAACAGUUUUCUUUGAAAGGGAGGAUGUUGAUAGGAGACAAUUCUGUCGUUGCAUCAUAGGGGUUAGCGGUGUUCCGCGUGGGCCGUAUUGUAUGUGUAAAACGAAGAUGGUUGCAUGUGCUUUGAGAAUAAAGUGUUGUGUUCUCGAAAGCUGUUGUUCCUUUGAUGGAAGCUUUGCCAGCCGGUCAACAAUAACAUGCACAACCUGUUACCGUUAUACUAUUGCGACAGAGGGAAAGACUACUGCUUUUUCGCAUAGUAGGCUUGUUGCUAUACGAACAUUUCGUACCGUAAGGCCGGUACCGUCGCGGCGGGCCUUACAGCCUUUUUAAAGUCCAUAGAACGCCUUCACACUGCAAUUUUUUUACAGAUUGACAAUUUUAAUAUAAUUUGAUUUUACUUGAAUUUGGAUUUUAAAGAAUGCACAGGAUGUUUUGUUAAAAUAUAUACUUUUUUCGCUUAAAAACAAAACAUAAACAGUCUACCAGUUAAUGUGGGCUAUAUAUUUCAAUUUGCUGUAGGAAAUUGUCAAACAGCAGGAUCGAGGAAAUCCCGCACGGAAUUUUCGCAGGCCUCUCUUCAUUGCAGAUUUUGUAAGUUUAUCACAUUUAAUUUUGUAUUUGUAGUUGUUUAGAUCCACAUUGGCUAAAUCUUGUGACAAUUAAUUGCUGCAGCUUGGACAUAUAAUCUCCUAAAUAGCAAUAGCAACACUCAGUAAAACUGUUCCUUUUUGCCCCAUUGUAAAAAAUGUGCAUUUGCGGCUAAGAAAUCAAACAUGUACGUUCACCCACACCUGCCAAGGCAAAAGUUAAUUUUCCGAAGCAAGGCCUAUUUUUAAUGACAAAACUUUGAAAAUCACUGACAAAUAAUUAAACGCGCUGACCAAGGAACUAGUCCGGGAUUCAAGACCACAAUCGAAACAGUGGCGGAAUCGCAUUAAAGCCCCUUAUUUUUUUGGUUAAUUUGUAAUUGCUUAAUUUGCUAAUACAACCGCUGACAUCAUAUCUUGUACUUAUACAGUUUACAUUAUCUUCAUUUCAUGUUCAAAUAAAUAAAAAAAUUGACUUGCUGCUAAUGUAUGGGUUGUCAUAGCUCAGUUGGUAGAGCACUGCAACAAUUUUGUUAAGGUGUCUGGAGGACACGCUUUCGUGGAAUGCCCCUCUGUGAAAUGCCGCUGAAAUAUCUCUUCCUGCUUAAAGACAACUUUUCUGGACUCCAAUCAACCUCUCCAUGCAGUAAUAGAUUUCAGUUUAAGAUUGCGUAUUUUAGUCACUAGGUUUAGGAUAAGCCGUCUAUGUGCUUUAUCUUUUGAAAAUCUUUAUCGUCACACUUGAGGUGAAGCCAUUUUUGAUAAAAGCAGGCCCAUGACUCAACAGAUCAGGAUGAAUUUCCCAGAAAAAGACUUCAAAAUCAAUUCUCAUCGUCAAGCAAGUCAUGUGUGCACCCAAUCAGAACAUGACUUUCGUCACGUGUCAACCUUUAGAUGAAAGCAUGGGUAUUUUUGGCUUCAAUGCUUAGAAAAACAUUCAUUAAAAGAGCAAAUUUGUCAGCCUGUUUCCCAGUCAUAUUCUUAGUAAAGAGAAAAUGACAUUUGAACGUGGGGUGAUAGUUUUCCAAUAAUUAAUUAUUAAUUAACAGUACUUUGUUACAGGGAUUUGUCGAACAACGUGGUCAAAGAGCUCGUACCAGGAGUAUUUGCAGAUCUCUCUUUGUUGCAGUCCUUGUAG